AUGCAUUGUCUCCAGUGUGUGCUAUGGCUAUGCCUUACCCUUUUCGUCUUCCCAGGUCAAUGCACCUCAACACAAGAUCAUGAGCCACUCAUCAGAAUCGUAAACAUUGAGCACGCCACGAUAGUUUGCAAAAACACAUUCGAAGACACGCGUGUUGCGCUGGAAGCUUCAUUGCCGCCCAUCAACACAACCUACUCUACGCUUCUCGCCGCCGGAGACGUCGCCGGGGCGUUCCAAGCCCUGCAGAGCCUGCCCGUCCUGAACGCAUUCAUUGUCCCACCUCGAAACUUUGGAAGCCUUUUGGGCACGCUCAAUAAGACUGGGAAAGCAGUACAAUACGAAAUUGGCAACCCUUACACUGCCACGCAGAUGAACUACUUUGAACUGGGCAUCUCGCUGUAUGCACCCAUUAGAGUGCUGCUGAGGGAGAAGGAGGGCACAGCUAUCUUUGAAUACGACAGACCUAGGAGCACCAUGCACCAAUUUGGGAAUGAUGAGGUGGACAAUAUCGCGCAAGAAUUGGACCGCAAUCUGAGCGCCUUGUUGAUGAAUGCGGCAGGCUGGUGA